CAGAGAUAUCUGUUACACAGGUGUCAGGCUGGUCCCCUCCUCUCUAUUCAGCGAAAGGAACGUUUCAGAAACCUAGGAUCUCACUGGCAUUCAAGCACAAGCCAGUCACCUCACCUGUAUGUAUGUCUUACAAUGUGUGUGUUUAUACUGGUGUAAACAUGUCUGAUAGGAGAUGCAUGUUAGUUGUACUGAUUCUGCUAGGAUAUGCCAUGUACAAUGUAUCAAUAGCUGAAUGUGAACAUAGCACAGCAGCGUUACUAUGUUGCACGUGUAUUUUGUCUCCUGUUUCUAGCUCUAACUGAUCAAAGAUGUUACAGAGCUUUUAAAUGUAAUAUUGUCUUUAUGUGAAAAUCUGUUACCCUUUUGAAGAGCGAAUUGUAUUUUGAAUGUCUUACUCGCCCCAUGUCUCGAUAGAGCGUAACAUAGUAAAAGUAGGGACUAGCAGAAUGAAAGCAUUGUUUAUAAACCAGAAUAGCAGUGCAGAGAAUGAAAAAAAAAAUAUAGUAUGUUUAUUCGAAAUUCUACAAUUUCCGCUCAUCUCAAAAAAAAUUGGUAAAAAGUGGUCAGGUAGUUUUUUCCCCCCAGGAUUCUACAUAUCACUGUUUUGCAAUACUUUUUUUGGUUUUUGCCAAGGUGCACAGUUACAACAUUAGCAUGGCAAACUUAUUUUUUUUUCAUAUUUUACCUUCAUCAGAGCCUAUAAAUUACCCAAUUACUUGUGCCUCACUAGAGAGAGAAGCAUACUUCUAGGCAAACUGACUUACCAGUUUUAACCCCUUAAGGACCAAACUUCUGGAAUAAAAGGGAAUCAUAUGUCACAUAUGUCAUGUGUCCUUAAGGGGUUAAAGGAAUACUCCAAGCACAAUAGCCACUGCACCCCUUCCCAAUGUAAGCAGGAGCAUCCAGCUCUCCUGGCUUCAGAGGUGUAAAGGGCACCAGGAGACCCCAGGGAAGAAAUCAAAUCAUUCGAAAAAUGGGGGGGGGAAGGGGGGGGGGGGGAGGGGCAGAGGGUAUGGAGUCACCAGGUCAUUCUUGAGAACAUUGCGACUACAGCUUACUUUGAGUGUUUCUUUCAUUUAUUGCCAGAUGAGAAUUCCUGUUUCAGUACCAUACAUGUUUAAAAAUAUAUAUUUUAAGGAUUCUAUUUAACUUAUUGCAGCCUUGACAUCAACAGUUACACUACACACUUUGAGUUAGCUUAACACACAUCGGUGUAACAUGGCACACUGGUUGAAAACCACUUUUGUAGUUAAUAAAAAAUGUUGAGUUACUCAUUACAAGGAUAUUCUAAGACUCAAAAAAACUUUACAGCUUUAUGAAGCAGUUUUGGUGCAUAGAUGAUUCCCCUGCAGUCUCACUGCUUAAUGUUUUGCCAUUUGGAAAUUAAAUUAUUUUGCUUAUGGACCACUAGCCACGCCUCCCCUGGCAGUGACUCACACAGUCUCCAUGAAAAAAAUGGUUUAAUUUUAACAGCACAAUCCAUUUCAUUGAGAAGUUCUUAUGUCCUGCUCUACCAAUUGAACUUUAAUCACACACAGGAAGUUGCUGAUCUAUACACCGAAACCACUUAAUUUAGCUAAAUCUUUGUGAUCCUUAGUGACCCUUUAAGCUUCCAUUGAAAUCAUUAUUUUCAAUAUUAGUGAAAAAAAUCCCAGUUAGAAACACUCUAUAUUCAUUCACCAGAUUUAUUAUUAUUAUGUUAUUUAUAUAGCGCCAUUAAAUUCCACAGCGCUUUACUAUGGGUGGACGAACAGACAUGUAGUUGUAACCAGACAAGUUGGACACACAGGAACAGAGGGGUUGAUGGCCCUGCUCGAUGAUCUUACAUGCUAGAGGGAGUGGGGUAAAAGGACACAAAAAGGUAAGGGUAGUAUUAGACUAGUGACAGUUGCAGAAGAGGAAUCAGUCAGGAGCUAUUAACAGUUUAAUUGAUACGCUUCUAUGAAGAAGUGGGUUUUUAACAAUUUUUUGAAGGAGUGGAGACUGGGUGAGCAUCUAGCGGAGGAAGGAAGCGAUAGAUAGCAUAUGAGAGGUUCUAAAAUAUUUAAACAGGUCCAGCUGAUAAAAAUAACCUCUGCUAAUUUUUUAUUAAUUCACUGUUCACAUAUAAUUGGAGGUGGUGGGGGAAACAUGGAAACACUUCUCUCAGGUACAAUGAGACACCACCCAUUAUGUUAACCCCUCAAACACAUACACAGUAAAAUAAUAGAGGAGUUGGUGCAUAGUCCUCGACAAGUAUGUAGUAAUUAGGGGAGCUGCUGGACCAGGGCAUCUUGUUUUAGUUCCUUAUUUGUCAUGCAUUUCUUGGGUUUUACCAGGUAUUAUAUAGCAGAUCUAUGUGGAUAUAUGGUGGGUACGUUAAAGGCCUGCAUUCAUUUUAUUUUCUCUUAUACCAGGAUCAUGUGUGUUGACAUCUUUAAGUCCACCAGCUCAUUUACAGUGCUGUUCAAAGCAGGUUCAUAUUGCUGUGCUCCACUUCUUUUAUUUAGAAAUGACAUCAAUUGAAUUCAUUAUUUGUUUUAUAUAUUAUCUAUUUACCAUUUUCAGACUUUCAAAAGUGGAUGCAAUUCAGGGUCAGUUCUUUGCCUGCAAUUGUAUGAAUUCUCAAACAUUACAUAGACUUUAGAUAUUUCCACUGCUAAAAUUUUAGUGGUCAUAGAAUUGUUUGGUGUUAUAGUUAUAAAUGCAGUAUGAUGCUAAAGGAAUACUCUAUAAUUAAAAAUAAAAUAUUUUUAACAGUAGUGGUUGGCUUUUUUUAACACACAUCACUGACUCUGUUAAAAAGAAUAGUUUAGAAACACAAUUUAAAGGACCACUAUAUAGUCCUUAGGUCCCCCCACCCUCAGGGCCCCUCUUCAGCUGGGUUGAAGGUUAAAACCCCUUCAGCCACUUACCUUAAUCCAGCGCCGGGCUCCCUCGGCUCUGGUGACUUCUCCUCCCCCUCCGAUGUCAGCUCACCUUCGAAUGCCAGAGCGCGUACGCAUUUAAACCACCCAUAGGAAAGCAUUACUCAAUGCUUUCCUAUGGACGUUCUGUGUGCUCAGUGCGAUUUUUGCAUUGAGCGUCGCGGAAGCAGUUCUAGCAGCUGUCAGGAAGACAGCUACUAGAGGCUGGAUUAACCCUGCAAUGUAAACAUAGCAGUUUCUCUGCAACUGCCAUGUUUACAGCUGCAGGGUUAAAACCUGGGGGACCUGGCACCCAGACCACUUCAUUACUUUAAGAUUGUCACUUGUAGGAACACGACAGUGUUAGGAAUAUAAAUAUGAUUGAUUUAGUAUUGUUGGGUAUGCUUUCCAAAUGAUUUCAUAUUUUUGGCUAAACCUUUUUUAAACACAUUUCAAAAUAUUAAAAUAUAAAAAAUAUAUAUCAUAUAUAAAACAAAUACCAGUAUGUAAAAUCUAUCAACAUGUUACAAAAUUAAAAAAAACAUAAUAAUAUUAAAUCCUUUUAAAAGUUUAUCCAAAAAUAUUAAUUGCUUGAAAAGCUUAUCCAACAAUAAUAAACUGAGACCUAUGUUAGUUCACCAAAACAACUUUAACUUAAUGAAGCAGUGUUGGUCUAUACAUCAUGCCCCUGCAGUCUGAUAUUAAGGAGUUAAAUCGCCUUGUUUAUACAGUCCAAGUCACACCUCCCUUCAUCUGACUUAAGCAUCCUUUUUAAACACUUCCUGUAAAUAGACACGUAAUGUUUAAACUCCCUGCAUUGUGCAUUGUUUUAAAUUUAGAAUUUAUCAUCAGCUGUUCUAUUGAUAGCCUUCUAGACCCCACAGGAGCCCUCUGUGUAUGCUUAAAGUUCAAGUUACAGAGUAAGAAAUAAAGAAAGUUAACAUAUGAUUCAGAAUGAAACCAUUUUUCAUGCAGACUGUGUCAGUGUCACAGCCAGAGUAGGUGUGGCUAGGGUUACAUAAACAGAAACAAAAGUAAUUUAACUCCCAAUGUCAGAGAAUUUAGCAGUGAGACCGCAGGGGCAUGAUCUGUACACCAAAACUGCUUCAUUAAGCUAAGGUUGUUUUGAUGCCUAUAGUAUCACUUUAAGAUACAACAUUUUGUGAAUUAUUAUAAAAUAGAGCAGAAAAUAGACAUAGUUAACUAAUUAUAGGAAGCAUGUAGAUGCCUUGUCUUCAACAAGUGGCAAGUAACACACAAUAAGGAAGGUCUAGGUAGAAUAUUCUGCAGUCCGUUACAGGUAGAGAAAGAUAAUCUAGGGAAUCAGUUUACUAAUGUACACACCUAGUUACCAUAAUAAACAUAAGUGAAGGCACUCUGUGGAUGAAGGAUGGUAUGUAGUGUGUACACUGUUAUAUUGCUUUUAUUUAUAUGGAAAAUAAAUGUUAACAGUAAAAGAGUAAAACAAAUGAAUUAUUAAGCUGUAAUAAUAAUAAUAUGUAAUAAGAUGAAACUUAUUGACUAGCUACAGUUGUUGUGAUAUACUUUCUUUGCUUUGUAUUGUUGUUGUGUUCACUAUGUGGUGUUAUUUUAUCUACAAUGUAAAGUGUAAUAUACAGGAUUCUUUAUGGGAAAUACUUGUAGAAGGCACAUGGUCCUGAAGCUCUAUAAAGAGUUGAUUCAUAUUUUGCAGUAUUUUCUUGGUGAACAUUCAGUCACUAUUAAUCCUACCAUAAUAAUGUAAUGCAUAUUAAUUAUGUUCCAGGUGGCCGUACAUUCAAUAAGAUCCUAAAGACAACAUGUGGGUAUCUUGAUGUAGACAUGUGUAUGUAGAUUUAGAGUUGUAGCCUCCAGCAUUGAUUGUGUUAAAAUGAUUAAACUUGUGGAAGUAUGAAAACACGUUUGGCCAUAUUAGCUUGAUAGUUGUAAUCUCCAGUAGCCAGAAUGACUAGUGUAUUCCUGGACACAGCAGGUACCGAGUCCAGCAAUGCUCACAAUGUCCUAGAUUGUUUUUCUAAGACAAGAUACUGAGAAAGUAGAACUGUCCAAGGAAUUAUGUCUCUUUUUCUUGUUUAUCUUUUCUUCACAAAUCCUUUUAAAUAUCAUCAUUUUUAAUGGGGAAUAUUAAAAAUGUUACUUUGCUCUGCUUUGAAAUAUUGCCCCAAUGCAGUUUGAGGCUUCAACAGUGGCAUGUGAGGAACGUUCUUACAUUUGUUCAGUGUUAUUUUAGAAAAAUACUCAAAAGAUGAGAAAAUUAGAUAUGCAUGUGGACGUCCAGCAUCACCUAAAACCCUAUAGUAAAGCAUUAUACAUGCUUUCCUAUGGGGCAAAUGUAAAUGCCAGUGCAGCCAUUUCUGCACAUGCGUAUUAGAUCUGCAUAUUAGGCCAGCGCCCGAACUCAGGUAAGUGACAGAAGGUUUUUUUGUAAUGCACCAUGGGGGAGGAAGGGAAGCGCAAGGAAGGGCGGCCUAAUAGGGAACUAGAGGGCCAGGUAAACAACUUUGUUUUCCCUUUAACUGUCAAUCAAGGCCUAUGGUUUCUGUAAUCACAGCACCCUUGUUAUAAGUCAGUGUGUAAUGCAUUGCUUCUUCACUUGAAGUGCAUUCAGCAAUAUCCCAAAUACCAUAUUAUAUCCAAAUUACUUUAUAUUGUAAAUUCUAUUACUAUAAACGGUAUACAUAAAGAACACUUCUACAAAACAUAACUCAGACUUUGAAACAGACAUUUAUGAUUACUGUCAUAAAAUGAUCACUGUCUUGAUUAUUAGAUUAAAAUUAACAAAUAAAUCGGCCCUGGUGUGAUUUUGAGAGUGAAGAAUGUAACACUUAGGGGAAACAGAGUGGACAUUGCUGUAAGCAGGGUGCUACGGGACUUCCUAUAAAAAUCUUACAUACUACACUUGCACACUUGAAUGUAAGGGUCAGAUAAGUGCCUUGAACAGCUACAAAAAUGAAAAAAAUCACUUUUUAGUGAUAUACUGCCUAUGCUAAUAGUUCCCAGUCAUCAAAGCAUUGUUAAAAAGCUCUGCAGAAUAAGUUGGCACUAUAUAAAUGCAGAUAAUAAACUGAUGGAUAGAAUAUAUGCUUAUUUGAGCUUACUCAACACCUCAACAUCCUCUGUUCCUGUAGAUCAAACUCACCCUUUUGCAAAAUACUUGUCUGUUAGUCCACUAUUGUAGAGUUCUGUGAAAUCUGUUGCCACUUUGUAAAUAAUUCUAAUAAUAAUAAUAAAAUAGAAGCAGGAAGGUUCAGAAAUAUGUCAGCUCAGGCUUUCAGUGGAAGUUAAUUACUUUGAUUUUAUAUGACAUAUGUAGUGCCUAUUAGCAAAGUUUUCCAGGGAAAUAAUUGAUAGGGUAGACCAACUGCAGUCAUGCAUGUGUAAAUUAACUCUUUCUAAAAAAAAAAAAUAAACUCAAAGCACACCAUUAAAUAUUGCACAGAAAGGAUCUACAAUAUAUACAAUACAAAGUGCAAGCAUGCAGAGAAUAAGUAAUAUAACAUAGGGUAUACUAAUCCAGAGCUGGAGACUCACAGAGCCCAGACGUUCUGACACUCGUUCACACAGCCCAGAUGUUUCGGCCCUCGUUCACACAGCCCAGACGUUUUGGCACUCGUUCACAAAGCCCAGACGUUUCUGCACUCGUUCACACAGCCCAGACAUUUCGGCACUCAUUCACAAGCCCAGACGUUUCAGCACUCGUUCACAAGCCCGGGUGUCUCGGCAUUCGUUCACACAGCAUAGACGUUUUGACAUUCCUUCACAAAGCCCAAACGUUUCAGCACUCGUUCACAUAGCCCAGACAUUUCGGCACUCAAGCGCCGAAACGUCGGAACUAUGUGAGUCUCCAGCUCUGGGUUAGUAUACCUUAUGUUAUAAUACUUUUUGGACUAAUGUAUUAAGCACUUUAUUGCCUGGAUUUAUGUGGCUAUUUACAUUUACUAUUUACAUUCUCUGCAUGCUUGCACUUUGCAUUCUGUGUGUUUUUAUUUCUUGUUCUUUUAAAAAAGAUUUUUUUCUGUGCAAUUUUCCUGGUGUGCUUUGAGUUUUUUUUAUUUUAUUUCAUUUGUGGACUUGGAGGGGCACCAGUUUUUUUUCUUUUUCAUUAAGCACCCUGCACUAUAAUGGCUGCAUGGUAUACAUAUUUGUCCAUAUUUGUUGAGCGCUUGCUAUAUUUUGUACGUAUUAACUCUUGCUAAUGCAAGUCAAAUUGAAAUUUACAAAAAUAAUUUUUCUAGUUAGAACUACAUCCUGACAGUUUUAGUGGCAUACACUAAAUCAUGCUGCGGUGUUGACUUACAUUGUUUGAAUAGGUAGAAUUAAUAAAUCCUUGAGAGUUUGACAAUGUAAAAUGCUAUUCAACAUAUUGAGGCUAGUUUGUCAAAUACAGUGCUAUACUGACACUCAGUGGCUGUUUAGUAUACUGCAAAUUCAAAUAGACUAAACAUUUUACAUUAUUCUUUACUGGCAGAAUUAUAUUAUUAGUGAUGUAAAAUGAAACUGAUACAAACUUUGGCUGGUUAUGUGUUCUUUUGUGAGGCUUUUUUUUUGCAUAUCUGUAAUAUUUACCAGCAGUGAUGCUUAUAUAUAAAUGUAUACUUCAGGACUGCAUAGCAAAGUGUAGUCAGAGGUCAGUAGUCAUUAUUUUAUCCACCAUAAUUCCAUAUUGAGAUGAUUUUAAAAGUGUUCCUGAUAAAAUCCAUUUAAAAUAAUCAACGGAUUUAACCUAGUUACAAACAAGUAGACAAUGAUUUUUUUUAUUAUUUAAAUAGUGACACAGGUCGUACAUCUGUGUACUUUCCACAUAAAGUUUGUACAUUUGUACAGUAUAAAAGGGGCCCAGUUGAAGAAAAUAUAUAUAUGGAUAAUCUAUACUUAAUUUUAGGAAUGGAUGAUUUGUGACGUUUCCAGCAUAGCUCUCCCUUCUAAUGUUCCAUCACAGAUCUCCUGCUGUUAAGAUUUGAAACCAUGUCUCUAUAUUCACUCAUUAGCUUGUGGAAGGUAGCACAGAUAUAGUGUGUAUGCUUGAGCAGAUAUAAAUCUGCAAUUAAUACUAAACAUUUUUUUUUCAGCCUUUCUUCAACAAUAUCUACUAUCCUUUGUCAUCCCUUCAGGCAAGUCCACGGUCACUGAAGAUGCCAGGACAUCUCACAUCUCCUGUCUAUCAACCCAUUCCCCAUAUUCCAAUUAUGCAAAAAGGCAGCCUUAUUCAGAGUUUUCGGUUCCAGCCUCGUAGGGAUGGCAUUGACUGGAGGCGAUUCAGUGCCAUUGACACUGAAAGAGUUGCUCGUGAACUUGACAUAUCUACUCUCCAGGAGAGUAUGAAUUCUAUAACUUUCUGUAACUUGGAUAAUGAGAGAUGUCCAUAUUGCCAGCAACCUGUGGACCCUGUUUUGUUGAAAGUUUUGAAGAUGGCACAGUUUAUUAUUGAAUACCUUCUGCAUUGCCAAGAUGCUCUGACCAUUAAUAUGUCACAACUUGAGGAUCGUGUAGAGGAGGCAAUAGCUGAACAUCAGAAGACUAAAGAUGAACUGAACAAGCAGAGUGAGGAAUUAAAAAAAGUUAAAGAGGAGAGCAAAAGGAGGAAGAAACUGAUUGCAUCUCAGCAGUUGCUUUUGCAAGCCAGUGCAAACAACUAUCAUAAGGUGAGCCCAGAGGGGAAUAGCUAAUUGUGUGCAUUUGCCUUUGAUAUCUAUGAACAACUCAUUUAAUGGCCUCUUGUAAAGUUCUGUGCCCUUUUAAGAGACAGUGGGGCAAAACAAAUUUCCAUGGGUCUAGGUUUAUCGAAGUGGUGAAAAACAAAUUACACUAGUUACUAAACUUCGAAUUGUGGGAAAUGGGAAUUUCAAAAUGAAAGUCAAACUAAUCAAACUGAGAAACUAGGGAAGUUGCGAAAUUUACAAUUUUUUUUACACAGUUUUGCCAUUUUAAGCUAAAAUUUGAAAUUCCUUGAAAAAUAUCCAGAUUUCCUAGGUUAAUGAAUAACUCUGAAGGUCUUCCAAAGCUGUUUAAUUUGCAUUUUGGUCUACUAGAUAUGUGAAUCACAGCAUAUGUCCUACUGUCCUUCUCAUCAUACUAUAUGGGAUAAUGAAUGAUUACAUUAUAAACACACAUACAUAGGAUCAGUGCCAGCUAAAACAUUGUUUGCACAGAUAGAAAUUCUGAAACAAAUGGACCAAUAAUGUUUUCUUAGUCCUCAACCACCAAUUUGAAAUGUACAUAUAUAUAUAAAAAAAAAAUUAUAUAUAUAAUCCUGAGGAAAGUCCCAGUUGGGGACUGAAACGUCGAUCCACACAUGUUUUAAUAUAUUUUUUUCAAUAAAGAAUGGAACUUUUUUUUAAAAUUCUUUAUUUUUGUUGUGCGGGUAGGUACAAAGUUUUCACAAACGCCACGACAGCGUUUAUCAACAUAUAUCAACAUAUAAAAAGAGUAUGACAGUGGGCGUGGUCGCACAAUUUUUUUUUCUAUACGUAAGCAGGGUUACAAUUAUUGUCUGUAGUAGGUUCAUCAUUUAGCAGAAUGGAACUUUUAAACUUCAAAAGGCCGUGAUUCCAAGCCAAUUAAUGUAAAAAUAAUCUGGAUAUUGAGCCCAAGGCAUUGCGCCCAGCAUUACAACGUGGAGCCAGAGUGCAAGGAACUGCAAGAAUUAUACUUGGCUUAUUCAUAACCAGUCAUUGGAGAUAUUUAGGUUCUAAACAGCUCAAUACAUUAUAAAGGUAAAACAUAAUUAUCCCUAUGUUUAACAGACUUUUGCAUUCGUAUUUAGCUUAAGUAUGAUUUGGACAAAUUUGAUCAAAUAUGCUAUUCGGCAGAAUUCCAGAUCUCUGAACAAACAACUAGUGGGAUGGCCAAACAAGUUCAUUUUAUUCUAUAUUUUAAGUUCUGCUUGCGGCACCAAAUCAGGAAGUGGUUAAAAAAAUGUAACAUAGAACAGGUAGGAAAUAUAUAUAUGCAGAGUAUGAUGCACACACAUUCAUUCCAUAACAUUUCCCAUAUAACAAUUAAUUCCGCUAUGGCUUUUCAGCAUUAAAUGAUCUCUAGGGGUUGGCAAAUGUGGUGCUCAUUGACAAAGAUGGUUCUUUGAUAAGGGUCACUGAGUAGAAGAUUUGCAUUUAUAAAGUUUCUUUUAUUUACAAAUGAAAUAGUUUGUGUCCCAGGAAUUGCAAACAUAAGAAGAUUCUUUUUUUUUUUUAACCAGGGAGAUAACUUUCAGUAUUAUCUGAUUUGUGUUUAAUUAUUAAAAAUGUAUUUUGUACCAACAAAAGUACUUGAAAAUUUUAAAAUACGAUACGUUAUAACAGACACUUCCUUGAAGCUGUAGCAGUGGGUUUAUUAUGCCAUUUGAAUUCAAGAGGAUCCUGUUGGGAGUUGAGAUCACAAGUAAGAACUGCUCAAACAAAAUGUUUCAACUUGGUGCUCUUCGUGGCGCACUUUUUGUUUGUUUUGUUUUUUAUUUCAUUUGGUAUUUUAAUUUUGUAUUUGAAGCUUACUUUCAUUAAAGGAACACUAUAGUCACCUAAAUAACUUUAGCUUAUUGAAGUAGUUUUGGUGUAUAGAACAUGCCUCUCAGGUUUCACUGCUCAAUUCACUGCCAUUUAGGAGUUAAAUCACUUUGUUUCUGUCUAUAAAGCGCUUACCACACCUUCCCUGGCUCUGAUUGACACAGCAUGCAUGAAAAAACUGGUUUCACUUUCAAUCAGAUGUAAUUUACCCUAAGCAAUUUUAUCCCUUGCUCUGUAAAUUGAACUUUAAUCACAUACAGGAGGCUCUUGCAUGGUCUAGCAAGCUAUUAACAUAGCAGGGGAUAAUACAAUCUAAAUUAAACAGAACUUGCAAUAAAGGAAGGAUAAACAUUAGAUGGCUCUUUACAGAAAGUGUUUGUAACGUAUUCAUCCGCUUAUACAAAUGUGGUUAUUGGAAUUUACUGUCAACACAGGAAAAGUUGUGCCGAGCAGCAACCAAAUCCACAGAAGGGUUAAUGCUGAGCAGCAAUUAUGCAAAUGGAAACCUGAUAACUGCCUUUGGGGUCAAAGGCCUGUUACAGCCUAUCAGAUAUAGAGGAGGGGUAUUUAGGCCCAGUUCUCAUCCUACUCAGUGCCCUGUUGUGGUUUCCCUUGUGGUUGUCCGAGAGCCCAUUCCUGUUUCAAGUUUCUUCUGGUUUUUGACUUUGGCUUUGAUUUUGACUUCCUGUAUUCUGUAUCCCUGACUUCUGGCUUUCUCUUAUUGUUGUGUCUCUUUCUGUAUCCCUUCACCUUGGCAAGUAUCCUGACUAUUCUUUGGUACGUUAAGUCUGGCCAUUCUAAGGCCCGGUAAUACAUUACCUAUUAGUCAUCUGUGUGACACAAUUCUACGUGCUGGAUCAACUAGUAAUCCUGACAUUACGACAUGGCCAUAGAUCCUGUAGAACAUAGCUGCUUGCGAGAGAAAGCUAGUGGAGAAUGAUCACAAUAUGGAUCAGUUUGCCCAGGCUUUCAGCACGCUCCUUACUCGAACAGUGCAUCUGCAACCUGCGGCUUCUCCAAAUGUGUCACCUCCGCCUAAUGUACCUCCUGUAGUACAUAAGGCACCUACUAUUUCCCUAUCUCCUCCCCUGCAUUUUGAUGGUAAUAUUCAAGAAUGCCUGGGAUUUAUUAACCAAAUUGAGUAUCAUUUUGAGGCCUCACCGGGAUCUUUUCCCACUGACAGAGCUAAAAUUGGUUAUCUGAUGAACCAACUUAAAGGUAAAGUUUUAGCUUGGGCUAAUCCGUUAUGGGAGAGUAAUAGGAGCAUUGCACACAAUUACCUGGAAUUCCUUGCAGAAUUUAAACUUGCGUUUGAACCAUUAGGCAGGGAGGAUGACGCCUCCACUGCCCUAAUGCAUAUUAGACAAGGGAACCGGUCUAUCUCAGAGUAUGCCAUAGAAUUUUGCACCUUGGCUUCCGAGGUAGACUGGACUAACAGCGGAUUAAUCUCAGCAUUUAAGAAGGGAUUAUCUGAUACUGAUGUUGGAUGAGAUUGCUGCCAAAGAACUAUCCAAAAAACUCAAUGAGUUUAUUACGUUUAUUUUGCUAAUUGAUAAUAGACUCAGAACCAGAAAUAAAACCAGACGUAUGGCUUUGCCAUUAGCCCCUCAUUUCUCCAGACCGGUUGUUCCUGAUCUCUCUAUACAGUCCGAACACGAACCAAUGCAGUUGGGGGUCACUAAACUGUCCGAGGCAGAAAGACAACAUCGGAGAAGAGAGGGUCUAUGCAUAUACUGUGGUAAAAAAGGACAUAUGAGGAGUACUUGUCCCAUAAGUCCGGAAAACUACCGCACCUAAGUACCUUAAGGGGACAGGUCUUAGGUGUAAUGGAUACGUCCUCUGGGAAUAACAAUAAUAGAUUUCUCCUUGAUGUUACGAUCAUAGUUGACAAAAAUAACUUUUCAUGCAAGGACUCAGGUACAGCAGGAAAUUUCAUUGAUGUUUAUUUUGUUAAAAAGAAUGCUAUACCUAUUAAGGAGAGAAUAUCACCUCUGGCUGUUGAGGCUAUUGAAGGGAGACCACUCUCUCAACCCUUAAUUACCCAUGAAACCUUGCCCAUUAACAUGUCUAUUGGUGCCUUGCAUAAGGAAGAUAUAAUUGUGACGAGACCAAUCUCGCCACAUUGCAUUGGAGAAGCCUGGUUGCUCGCCUGCUGCCUCUGGACUAUGGCCCCUUUUAAAAGACUUUAUUUCGCCUGCAGAAAAGCUGUAUUCGUGCUUUUCUGCCGGUUGUUCGGUAGAUUCAAUCACCGAACAACCGCCCGAAUCAAUAGACCACCUGGGAGCUGGAGUGUGCCGGCAAUUAACCUCCCUGAAUCUGCGGUUAACCGCAGCUUAAUUGACGAAUGCUUGGUGGCCGCCAUUCGUAUCCCGAACACGAGGUCGCGGCCAUUUUAAACAUACGAACGCACAGCGGUGUUCGCCCCUAUUUUCAUGGAACUAAAAUCGGACACAGUUUUGCGCGAACACCGCUGAAGCCGCCGACCUCCCUUCUUGUUCGGUGGAAGUGCACGAACGGCCCGGUGUUCGGUAGUUUUGUGUGAAUGUGUUAUACCCCAGAUAGGAAUCCCAUGGAGCCCAUUCAUAUGAAACUGACUGUAAAGACUUUGGCUCCAUGGCGAUUAAACUGUAUUCGUGUGGUCUGAGCACCAUUCGCUUAAUAAUGUGCGCUCAGACCUGAGAUAUCUGGGGAUAUGUUACAUGUCUGUGUUUUAUGUAAUAAAUGUUACUUUAUGUAUUUUAAAGUAUAAUACUGGUUUUGUGUCCCCACAUGUGUAAUAAUGCCUUUGUCCUGGGAGAUAAUUGAAUUACUUCUCCAGGGCAGAGGGGAGGGGAGGAAGCCAGGAUGCAUUGUGGGGAUGUUUUACUUCUGUAUGUCUGUAAUUGGUACAUGUCUGUCUUUUGUUACAGUCUUCCAUCUGGUCCCCUAGGGGAGUGUCCACCAGGUGUGAGACCUGCAUAAAUACUGGGCAGGUAGCCCUCAUUAAACAGACCACUGCUUGACCCUCAACACGGAGCCUUGUCUUGUUCUUGGGGGGAUUCACUGUAUGACGUUAGAGACUGAUUGCCAGGAGUGUAGGCUGAUUGUCUGCUUUUCCUGUUCGUCUGCUAGCAGCUAUUUGGGAGGUUCCAGUUCGGAAGUUGGAGUGCUAUUUUGUAUCCAGUUCGGGAGUUUGGUAUUCUGCAGUAGCUGUGCCUGUAUCUCUGGAAAGGGGGCCGAUCGCCUAAACGGUUUUUACCCCUUGUGUGCAAAACGGUCCGUUACAAUAAUAUUCCAAGUUAUUGCAUCUCCUUCUUGAAAUAUUGGAAUGGGGCAAGGAUUGUAAUGGGAAGUGUAUGUUACACCUCACCAAGAGAGUGGGUACCAUUAAAUUACCCACUACUAUAUCUCAAACCCCUGAAUUUCCCAUACAAUACUGGGAGGUUAAGGAAGUAUUUAGUAAGAGUCAGUCCAAUAUCUUACUUCCUCACAGGUCAUAUGACUGCUACAUAAAUCUCUUACCCGGCGCUAUGCCACCUAAAGCGGCAGUAUAUGCCUUAUCGCCACAGGAGAGUAAAAUAAUGGAAGAAUAUGUCAAAGACUCACUAAACAAGGGCCAUAUAUGGAAAUCAUACUCACCUGCUGGUGCAGGCUUAUUUUUUGUAGAAAAGAAAAAUGGAGAAUUACGUCCAUGCAUUGACUACAGAGCAUUAAAUAAGAUUACUGUUAAGAAUGCCUAUCCUAUUCCUCUCAUUUCCGAAUUGUUUGAUAGACUCCAGGGUGCUAAGAUCUUUACCAAACUGGAUCUCAGGAGUGCAUACAAUUUGGUAAGAAUCAAGGAAAAUCAUGAGUGGAAAACAGCAUUUAACACUAGAUGCGGGCACCAUGACUACCUUGUUAUGUCUUUUGGGCUAUGAAAUGCACUGGCCGUAUUCCAGGAUUUUAUUAAUUAUGUACUCAGGGAUUAUAUCUAUUCUUUUGUCCUUGUUUAUUUGGAUGAUAUCCUUAUAUUUUCCCCUGACCUUCAAACCCACCACAAACAGGUCAAACAAGUAUUGCAGACUUUACUGGAAAAUAAACUUUAUUGUAAAUUGGAAAAAUGCUUGUUUGAUCAGACUGAAGUACAGUUUUUGGGGUAUAACAUUUCUGCCUCUGGUUUUCAGAUGGACCCUAAGAAACUAGAGGCUGUUAUACAGUGGCCAGUACCUAGCGGACUAAAAGCCAUCCAAAGAUUUAUUGGGUUUGCGAACUAUUACAGAAGAUUUAUCAAGGGGUUUUCUUCUGUAAUAGCCCCCAUCACCAAUAUGACACGUAAGGGGGCUUGUAGUACGGUAUGGUCUAAGGAAUCUAGAGAUGCUUUUGAACUUCUUAAACAAAGAUUUGCUUAUGUCGACAUACUGAGACACCCUGACACCAGCAAACCCUUCAUAUGAUGCCUCCGAAACUGGGGUAGAGGUGGUUCUUUCUCAAAGGGAGAGUCAGGACACCUGUUUGCAUCCUUGUGGCUACUUUUCCUGAAAGUUGUCUCCCGCUGAGUGCAAUUAUGAUAUUGGCAACAGAGAAUUGUUGGCCAUUGUCCUAGCGCUUAAAGAAUGGCGACAUCUUUUGGAAGGUUCCAAGGAUCCCCUUUUGAUCAUUACAGACCAUAAGAAUUUGGCUUAUAUAGGGGAUUCUAAACGUCUAUCUUCUAGACAGGCUAGAUGGUCUUUGUUUCUGUCUCGCUUUAACUUCCUUAUAACUUACAGACCUGGUCCCAAAAAUGUGAAGGCUGAUGCCUUGUCUAGACAGUUUGAUACUGAGUCUUUACAGGAACAUGAGACAUCCCCUAUCGUGCCUCCUGAAUGUAUCAUCGCUUCUACUGUUCUUUCACUGUCUUCUCCCUUGCUUGGUACUAUAAUGGAGGCUCAGUCUCAGGCACCAUGCAAUAAACCACUGGAAAAAUAGUUUGUUCCAUUAGGUGAAAGAAAGAAUGUGCUGAGGGUGUUUCACGACAAUGUGACUGCUGGACACCCAGGUAUGAAUAAAUCCAUAUCUCUGAUCAUGAGAUCAUUUUGGUGGGAUUCCCUUAAAAACGAUGUGAAGGACUAUGUGCAGGCUUGUUCAGUUUGUGCUGUUUCUAAGGUCCCUCAUAAGCUUCCUUGUGGUUUGUUGCAACCACUUCCUGUACCUAGUGUUCCAUGGUCCCACUUGUCAAUGGACUUCAUCGUUGAACUUCCAAGUUCCAAUGGCUAUACCAUCAUCCUUAUGGUGGUUGACCGUUUCUCCAAGAUGGCUAAUUUUAUUCCACUUAAAAAAUUGCCAUCCUCUCAAGACCUGGUUCUUAUCUUUAUACGUGAGAUUGUCCGACUGCACGACAUUCCUCACAAUAUUGUGUCUGAUAGGGGCUCUCAGUUUGUGUCUCGGUUUUGGAGGGCGUUCAGUGAACAGUUGGGCAUUGAAUUGUCUUUUUCUUCCGUUUACCAUCCCCAAACUAAUGGCAAGGCUGAGAGGGCUAACCAGUCAUUAGAGUUAUAUCUGCGUUGUUUUGUAAAUAGCACUCAAGAUAAUUGGUCCGAAUUACUACCCUAGGCCGAGUUUGCUAGGAACAAUGCCACCCAUGACUCUUCUGGUCACAGCCCAUUCUUUGUUAAUAAUGGUUGUCAUCCUACUGUCCUGCUGGCUGUUUUCUCUGAGACAACUAUCCCUGCUUUGGAUGAUCGCCUUUCUUCUAUCAGUGAUACUUGGACCAAAGUUUAUUCUGCUCUCAAAACUGCGGCUGAUCGCUUCAAGUUCUAUGCAGAUAAACGACGGGGUGCCAACCCCGUUUACCAAGUGGGUGACAGGGUAUGGUUAUCAUCGCGCAACAUCAAAUUGAAAGUUCCUAGUAUGAAGUUUGCACCCAUAUUCCAUGGCCCCUUUUGUAUCCUUUGGAGGAUUAACCCUGUGUCAUAGUCUCUGGCCCUCACGGCCUCAUUACGUAUUCCAAAUACCUUUCAUGUGUCGCUACUAAACCUCUUGUUUGCAAUAAAUAUACUAUCUCAAGUGUCCCUCCUCCUCCUUUAGUUGUUUCUGGACAGGAAGAGUAUGAGGUCUCUUCCAUAAUUGAUUCCAGGUUUUCUCUGGGCACUUUACAGUACUUGAUGGAUUGGAAAGGUUAUGGAACAGCCGAUCGUUCUUGAGUUCCAGCAUCUGAUAUACAUGCUGGCCGCAAAAUUCGCUAUUUUCACGCCAAGUUUCCUCUCAAGCCUGGUCCUGCGCGCCUGGUGGGUGUUCUUCAGGUGGGGGGUAAUGUCACGUAUUCAUCCGCUUAUAAAAAUGUGGUUAAUGGAAUUUACUGUCCACACAGGAAAAGUUGUGCCGAGCAGCAACCAUAUCCACAGAAGGGUUAAUGCUGAGCAGCAAUUAUGCAAAUGAGAACCUGGUAACUGCCUUUGGGGUCAAAGGCCAGUUACAGCCUAUCAGAUCUAGAGGAGGGGUAUUUAGGCCCAGUUCUCAUCAUACUCAGUGCCCUGUUGUGGUUUCACUUGUGGUUGUUUGAUUCAAUCAAGUGCGUUCCUGAUUCAAUUUUCUUCUGGUUUUUUACUUUGGCUUUGAUUUUGACUUCCCUGUAUUCUGUAUCCCUGACUUCUGGCUUUCUCUUAUCGUUGUGUCUCUUUCUGUAUCCCCUGACCUCGGCAAGUAUCCUGACUAUUCUUUGGUAUGUUAAGUCCGGCCAUUCUAAGGCCCGGUAAUACGUUACCUAUUAGUCAUCUGUGUGACACAAUUCUACAUGCUGAAUCAACUAAUAAUCCUGACAGUGUUUAUGGAAGGCUGUGCAAGUCACAUGCAGGGAGGUGUGACUACGGUUCAUAAACAAAGUGAUUUAACUCCUAAAUGGCAGAUAAUUGAGCAGUGAGACUGCAGAGGCAUGAUCUAUACACCAAAACUGUUUAAUUAAGCUAAAGUUGUUUUGGUGAAUACAGUGUCCCUUUAACUACAAAGCUGCUCUAGCACAGGAGCUUUUUUUUUUCCUUUUGAUUUACUUGUUUUCCACAUGGCUUGAAAAACCAACAUCAUUUGUACCAUCCAAAUGAAAGUGUUAAGAACAGUAACAAGGUUAUUCACUAAAGUAAAAACUGUCAGGAGUGCAAUGUGAAUUCAAACUGUCUAAGGCCAAAAUAGCCAAACCAGAAGUAUAGGUUACUUGGAGAAUUUUUCUAUUUUGGCUGUUUUUCCAAUAAAAAAAUUAAAAUUUGCUUUAAACUCCAGCCAAUUCUCACUUUAGUAAAUAAACCUGCACGUUCUAUUUUGAGUUUGAACUCCACAUAAGUUAUAUAAAAGUUGAUAUAAAAGAUAUAUCUCAUUGUUUCCUUUUUUUCACAGUGUCAAUUUUGUGACAAAAGUUUCAUGAACUACUCAUUCCUUCAAGGACAUAUUCAGAGACGACACCCUGAGAUCACAGAAUCUGGUACGCAUUGUGUUUAUGUAGUGUAUAUGAAUCUGACUUGGAUAUGAAUAUAAUGAUGAUGUCAGACCACAACAAGUAGCUGUACCUUGGGCUUGUCCAAGAUUGGAAGCUAUGAAAAUACUUACUUCAGGAAUAUGAUGCCCCACCUUCCAUAGCAGUGCUUCUCAAACAAGUCCAGAGGGGUGACUAAAAGUAUGAUUCCCAAUCUGAAGAUAAUUUCAUAAUUCCUAUAUUAUAGACUAUUUGUUAUCUUUACUGAAAGGUUUAAGAACCAGUGCCUAAUUAUAUAAUGUCCAUAUGCUCUCAUAUGUUUCUGAACUGCAUUCCUACAAUUUUCAGCCAUUGUUCAGUAGCUGUUCAACCAACAGAAUAUUAACCCCAUUCACUAUCAAUUCCAGUGUUGUGGAUGUCCUGGAAAGUAAUCACCACCACCAGAAUCCAAGUAUUUUGAGGGUUUUAAAAAAUAAUGUAUUUUUUCAUUUCAGUAUGACAUGUUAUUUAACGGAAACAAAAACUUUGACCGGAAAAACUUAAAAAAAUUAUUUACCAAAUAAUGUUUUAGAUAGGAAAAAGUGUUGUAAAUAACAUUUCUGUAUAUGCAACAUAGACAUUUUUUCCUACAUAUUCUAUAAUUGUCUCAGAUAUACAUUAUAUCAUAUUUACUCAGAUUGCGCAUAUAAGUGUGUCCCUGGUGGUCUAGUAGGUACUGUGUCGCAAAUCUGUACCUCCAGCUGGAUGCAGACCUCUCUGUAUGCUCCCAUCUUGCCUGUGACCACAAAUAAGCACUGGCAGUGAUCUGCACCCAUUGGAUGUGCAGACUUCAUCUCUCUCACUGUUGUGAGAGAGUAGAGAUCUGCUGAGGAGAUCUUUAGAUCCCCUCACUGGUCGAGCUGUGGCAGCACAUCCCACAGAGCAAGAGCUUUAAUAGUAGCACUGGAUCUGUCUCUCACAAGGGACACUAUACCCACAGUAGAAAGUGUACCAUUUGCAAACAACAUUUUUUGCAAUAAAUAAAUUUCACUUGCAACUGGUGAAAUCACAUAUAUACAAUUAUUUGAUAUGGGAACAUACCCUGGGAAUUGUGUAUGCACGAGUCCGUUAAUGAAGAGGUUAAUAGUAUAUUACUUUAGUUUGGUUUUGUAACUAUGUGCUUUGGCUUAAAUAUUGUUGUCUCUAUGGGUUAUAAAAGAAACUGGGUACAUCUUUCUAAGAAAAUGCAUUUAAACCUAUAAUCACAAAAAUAACCAUCAUUAUUUCAGGACUAUAGGUGCUCUGAUAGUGAUCACUGUCCACCCCUCUUUGCUCAAUUUAUAUUAACUAUAGUUGACUCCUUCAUAGGGUAAGACUCACAGAGAGCCAGGUUGACAUCAGUGGGACUUUAGACCCUCCAAUCUCAUCUUUCCUCAUUUUACCUCAUCCUUCCUUUUUUGAUCUAAGGUUUAUCUUGUUUUGGUAUGAAAUGCUGAGGUUUCUGUAAGCUAUUCAGACAUUUGAUACUGAAUGUUCUCCUACUGUAGGACAUCACCGCUUAUUACCUCUUGGCAUUAGUUUGUCUCACCCCAUUUUAUGUCUGUUAGUCAUUUUAUUCCCUUAAAUUAGUAAAGUUAGGGUUUCCCUCCCUACGUUUGGUCAUUCUCCUAUCUAGGUCCCCCUCUUAUUGAGGGUUACCAAUCUUUGUAUAAUGUUGACUCAUCUUGUUUCCAGCACUUAGAUUCCUCCACUGCAGCCUUCAGCUCAUCUUCUAAUGUCAGCAUCCAAGUUGAUGUCACUUGUGAUAUCGUCCAGUCCAAUGCUUCUCACAGAGAACCAGGGGAUUAGAAAUAAGUAUGCACAGCCAUACGCUUUCAGUAACAUUUGAUUCCAGGAUCAAGCGCCUCUUGUGGCUGUCUUCAUGAUUCCUACAACACUACAAUAAUUUGUAUUGCAGUGUUCAAAUAGCAGGAACACUGCACUCAGAUCACUUCAUUGACUAGAUAGGUUGCAUUCUAUGUUUGUAUACCUAAUGCUAUAGUGUUCCUUUGAACCCAAAUUCUUUCAUACAACAGAUUAGAUGUCUGACUUCUUCCCCCAGGGCAUAUGUAUACAUAUUAUUAUCCAUUGCAUGUGGUAUGUUUUAAAUUGCCUUUCAAUGUAAAAUAAAAUAUAAAAUAACACCUUCUCUGCCCCUCUACCUGAAGAAGAAAAUAGUCUGUCCUUGUUCUGUAGACAGUUGCUUUGUCUUGUAAUGAUGGGCUCUAUAUGGGAUAACAUUUGUGGAAACCCCUAAAUUAAACAGUCCUAUACAUAUUGCUGUUCUUAUUGCAGAUAGGCAAAAGAAGAAGCAGGUGGAACAGAUGGAAUUCGGCAUUGAGGAACUAAAGGCUAAGCUACAGAUUACACAGUCUCAGCUGGAUGCAGAGAGGGAGAUGGAGCAUCAAAGAAAAAUGCAGGUACAGUCCAAGUUUAUUUUAUCAUAGAUAUUAUCAUUUCAAGUUUCUAGAAGGUAGAUCCCAGGAUGUUUUAAAACUACAGUUUCAAUUAUGCUUUGUCAUUCUAAAGGCAUGCAAAGCAUUAUGGGAGUUAUAGUUCUACAACAUCUGGGGAUCUACCUUUUGGGCACCUCUGAGAUAUACACUGCUAGGAUUUUUAAAACGUGAAAAAAUACAAAAUGUAUUUCUGUGAAAAAAUCUGACAGAUUUUGUCCAAAUUCUGUUUCGUGAUAUGUAGCCUAUGCACAGCCAUAAAUGUUGAAUUUGAAUCUAUGGAGGUUUGUCAUGUCUUGCUUUCACAACAACUUAAUAGUUAAAUGCUACCAGAAGGACUUCAACUCCAGGACCAGAAGUGAACUUUAUGAAGCAUUCCAAAAUGUUGACACUACAGACAGUUCAUUUUUUGUUUUUGGUCUUUUUGGAUCACAACCUACCCUUUGAUUUAAAAAGCUUUGUUUAAAGGAACACUCUACCUUUAGUAAUCAUGCUAGAGUGUUUAAAACUCAAUUAAGAUUAAUGUCACAUCAGUUUCCCUAAAAACUAGUUAACUUACCUCUUAACUGCAAUCUUUAAGUUUGGAUUCCAGUAUUGUUGAAUGGGUAAGGCAGUGGCUGAGUGACAGGCAACAGGGGGUUGUAGUUAAUGGAAUAUAUUCGAAGCUUGGACUUGUCACCAGUGGGGUACCUCAGAGAUCUGUACUUGGACCCAUUCUCUUUAAUAUUUUUAUUAGUGAUAUUGCAGAAGGUCUUGAUGGUAAGGUAUGUCUUUUUGCUGAUGAUACUAAGAUAUGUAACAGGGUUGAUGUUCCAGGAGGGAUAAGCCAAAUGGCAAAUGAUUUAGGUAAACUAGAAAAAUGGUCAGAAUUGUGGCAACUGACAUUUAAUGUGGAUAAGUGCAAGAUAAUGCAUCUUGGACGUAAAAACCCAAGGGCAGAGUACAGAAUAUUUGAUAGAGUACUAACCUCAACAUCUGAGGAAAGGGAUUUAGGGGUGAUUAUUUCUGAUGACUUAAAGGUAGGCAGACAAUGUAAUAGAGCAGCAGGGAAUGCUAGCAGAAUGCUUGGUUGUAUAGGGAGAGGUAUUAGCAGUAGAAAGAGGGAAGUGCUCAUGCCAUUGUACAGAACACUGGUGAGACCUCACUUGGAGUAUUGUACACAGUACUGGAGACCGUAUCUUCAGAAGGAUAUUGAUACCUUAGAGAGGGUUCAGAGAAGGGCUACUAAACUGGUUCAUGGAUUGCAGGAUAAAACUUAUCAGGAAAGGUUAAAGGAUCUUAACAUGUAUAGCUUGGAGGAAAGACGAGACAGGGGGGAUAUGAUAGAAACAUUUAAAUACAUAAAGGGAAUCAACACAGUAAAGGAGGAGACUAUAUUUAAAAAAAGAAAAACUACCACAACAAGAGGACAUAGUCUUAAAUUAGAGGGGCAAAGUUUUAAAAAUAUCAGGAAGUAUUACUUUACUGAGAGGGUAGUGGAUGCAUGGAAUAGCCUUCUAGAUGAAGUGGUAGAGGUUAACACAGUAUAGGAGUUUAAGCAUGCGUGGGAUAGGCAUAAAGCUAUCCUAACUAUAAGAUAAGGCCAGGGACUAAUGAAAGUAUUUAGAAAAUUGGGCAGACUAGAUGGGCCGAAUGGUUCUUUUCUGCCGUCACUUUCUAUGUUUCUAAUCCAGUUGAGAUAUGGUCCCUUGCUACAGCUCUGCCCCAGCUGGGAGAUCGUGAGCUGGGAGAUCCCAGCUGGGAGAACUACCAGCUCAUCCAAUGCUUCUCACAGAAAAGAUUUGCAGGCAACAUCUAUUCAGGGUGCAUGAGCAACACAUAUCACACUAAGCUUAUAUUGCUUCUCAGUUAGAAGCAUUGGAACCACUGCUUCUCUGUGAGAAGCCAUCAUAUCCUCUGUGUGGUGAGGAACAAAGUGAAAGAGGAAGAGUACCUUCCCAGCUGUCUGACUGACUGCCUGGAGGGUGCAAUGUAGACACACAAUUUCUUGGAAAUGCUGCCAAGGCCUGAUCUAUAUGUUGUGAAAGUAUAUAGUGUUUUGCCAUUGCUAAGACAACCCAUAAAAUGUAAUUCUUAUCACUUUUUUUGUCCGAGAUAUUCAAAAAUUGCGAAUAGACGGCUCAAAGUUGUGUAUCCUAGGUUCUUCCUGAGAAAGGUCUCUCAUACCUCUCAGCUGUGUAGAAGAGAUACAUGAAUUUAAAUAUGAAUCCUAAUUUUCCUUUAAAGACAGGUAAUUUUAAUAAGUAGUAGAGACAGAUGUCAAAAAUACAAUGUUCAUUAGUCAGCAACCUAAUUUUAACUCUUACCUUCUGACAUGCAGUGUGAAGUGACUUACACUUCUCUAGUAAUAACCUGCAAUAUCCUGUGUGCUACAAUCCAUAUUAUAUUAAUAUAUAAAUCUAUAAAUAUUAAAACCUGUUUGUGCACCAGAUGAUAAUUGGCCUUUAAAAUCCAAGGUUGCUGCCAAAUGUUCUGCAGCAGUGCCAUCUAAUUCGGUUUGUAACAAAAUAAAUUAAUUGGCAGGAGUUGGAAGAAGCUCGGCACCGUGAAGAAAAUGUGAAGAGAGACUUCGAGAGGUGGAAGGAGGAAGAGAGAGUAAAAAUCCAAGAUGAGAUUGAUAAAAUCAGACAGCAGUUCUUCUCUCAGCUUGAGGAUUUAACCCUAAAAAACUCUACAUUUGAAAAUGUAAGUAAUAUCAAGAUAGGUCUAAACUGGAGCAGCCUGCUUGCACACAGUGUGGAGAACACAGCCUUGCAUUUAUCAAAAAUGAAAUCAAUGGAAAAUAUUUUUUGACUAUUGUUAUUGCAACACAUUUCAGUGUCUUACGCAAUCUUUUUUCAAGGCCUGUGUUGACAAACUUGUUGUGUUGUGUAAUAAUAUAAAUUCUUUGAAAUAUGUAAAAGUGCCUAUAAUGAUGUCUCCUUCUCUUUAUGCAAUUCUCUUGUAAUUCCCUGAUGAGUUUUAUCAUACCUUUUGACUUUGUAUCAGCAUUCCAGGAUUUUGAAACCUACAUAUUGAAUGUGAAGGUGUCACAGAGUCCACAGCACAAACUAUAACAACUGCAUGUAGGAAACUGUCUUGCGCUAGGCACUUUUUUUCCAGAUCUAGGGGCUACAUUAAGGCCAUGUCAAGACUACUUCAUGGGUUUACAAUAUAUUUUGUAUUCAUACAUAAUUAGUCAUGUGACAAAAAAAGAUUUGUGAAGGUUUACAUAGUUACACAUUUUUAUUUAAACAACAGUGAUCUGGUAAGAAAUAGAGAAAAAAUACAUAUCUUUACACUAAGAUAUGACGUGACUUAUAAAAUCAGCUGCAUAUUGGCUGAAAGUUGUUAUGGUGCAAGGAGAUCCCAGGCUUACCUGAAGGGUCCCUAAUCACUUUCCCCCUGCACUUCUGUUCUGUUAUAAGCACAUUUAAAUGAACAUUGUCAAGCUACAUUGCACCAUCAUGCUAUUUAAUAAUUUGCAUGCAGUGGUUGUGAAUUAGAGUUUCUCAAACAUUUUUAGAUGACAUUUUGCAAUCUGAUUAUCAAUUCACCAUAGCACAAUGCUUUAUGAAAAAACUCCAGUAUUCAAAGUGAAAUGGUAGAAUAUUAAUUUGUGGCUAAUUUAGAAUCUCAUCUCUGUGUCUUUCUGCCAUACUUCAAUGACAUAAAUUAGAGAUUCCAGGACCUGGUAAAUAAAAAGUCCAUGACCUCCAAUCUCGGGGAACUUGAAGACGAGGAAGACCGACGUUUACGAAAGAAGAUGGAGAAGGAAUUGAGAAACCUGAGAGAUGAGAUGGAAAGACAGGUAAAUCAUAUACCUAAUGAGUAAGAUCCACACCACUCCAAAUAAAAAAAAUAUUUCUACACGUCUAUCUGUUUAUCAAUGACUAUAUUUGACAGUUAAAGAGAAAAUAUAAAUCUUGACAUACAAGUAGUUUUAAAUCUGGAAUAUCAAAGUUUCUAGCAUUCAUUAUUAAAAAGACACUCCAGACCCCCAAAGUACUUUAGCUUGCUGAAAUGGUUUGAGUGAAAAGUAUGUUGUCUCUUUUCAUUUUGCAAAAAGUGAAGAUUUCAAUAGAAAUUUGCAUUGUUUAACGAUCUUUGUUACACCCCUGAGGAUUUCAAUAAGACAGCCGGCCCUGUUACUUCCUGGAGUUAAACUCAAUAUAUAUACAUACACCUAUUUACAUUUUUAGAUAUUAUUCCACCCAUAAUUUCCAUAAUGUUUACUUUUGUCUAAGGGGUCAUAGGGCUGAAUAACUGCUUAAUAUUUUUUAUUUUUUUUCUCUUAAUGGCCUUUCUGAUUUAGGAUUAUAUCAGAUAUAGGAAAGUUUUCUAUUUCAAAUCUAAUGUGAUGCUCUUCUGAGCAAUUCAGUCUUGCAUAUGACUAUUCUAUAAACAAUCAAUGCUCUAUGCUAGGAGUAGGCAUCUCAAUUAAUGCUUUACCAGCAUCUGGAGUGCCAAGGUUGUCUACCCCUAUUCUAUGCUAUCCUAUGGAUGUUGCUAAUUAGUCUUACAAAAAUAUGAUAUGUUUAUUGAUUAUCUAUUUAUAUUAAGGAAGCUGAAUGGAAAACCACAUUGAAGGAGAUGCAUAAAGAGCACGGUGUGGAGAAGAAAGAGGUAGUCUCUUAAACUAGUGCAAAACAUUGCUUUUUUAAUUUGAGGAUCAUUUAAAGAGUAAAUCAUUAAAAGUAUUUGUUUAAUUAUUUUUUCUCAAAUGACCUGCGUUUAUUUCUCUUCUAAACCUGAGACACACUGUCCUCCAACAUUGGGAAUUAAUAGUAGUUUCUCAACUUCUGUUGAGUAAUGGGAAAACGUUGCAUUUUGAAUAAAUUGUUUUCUUCAUUAAAACUUAAAGAAAAUAAAAAACAAAUAAUUAAACAUUUAACAUCGAAUCAAGUCACUCUUACAUCAGGAAAACACUGACUGGUCUCUGCCAGGCAAACCUUUACAAAAUCCUACACAUCCAUUUUCACUUACAGUUUUUGACUUCUGUUUUUGUUAAACACUCCACUACCUUCUUCUAUGCUCAUUUGCAUUUUAGCUGUGCAUAUACAUUAUUUACAUUGUUGAUAGGUGUUAAGGUAAUGUGCAUUAAAUCAAUAAUGUCACACUGUAUUUUAAAAACAUGACCCUGAUGAAAAUGUUUUCUAUAGCCAGGAGCCCUCUAGGCAAGGAGAAGCCACAUUUAAGCAACAAAGAGAGACAGAGCAUUUUUAAUUCCAUAUAUGAAACUAUAGAAAUUUUCCAUUCGCCAAGUAGAGCCCACAUCAAUUGUUUGUUACAACAGGUGUGAUAUUAAGUUGCGUUUGUGAAACGGCACCUUUGAAGAUUGUUAAACCAAAAUCCAGCAGUUAAAAAUCUUUACACAUACAAGAGAUGGGGUUGCUUUGAAUUUGCCUGCAAACUAAAAUUAUUUUUGUUUUGAGGAACUCAGUAGUGUUAGAAAUACAAAACAGUAUUCUAACACAACAGUGUUCCUUUGCCUCCAUCCACCAUUCUAGUCCCUUUGCCAGCCAUGAAAGGGUUAAUUAACCUUUUAAACACUUACCUGAUUCUGACGUCAGCGUGAUCUGGGAACCUAACGCACAUGUGUGGCCAGAAUCAGGCCGUCUACAUGGGAAAGCAUUGGCUCAUUGCUUUUCUAUGGAGAUUUGCAAGAUACUGGAUGUCUUCAUGUACAGCAGGAGGACGUCCAGCGUUGGUUCACUGAGUUAAUUCUCUUUACGUUAAAGUCACUUGCCGUCAGCAAGACCCCUUAAACCUGUUCAGGGGAAGUUCAGCCAGGCCAGACAUUGCGGUUUCUCUAAAAAGGCAAUGUUUUCACGUGAAGGGGAGAGGAACACUGCACCCAGACCACUUUAAUGAGAUGAAGUGGUCUGGCUACCUAUUUGAGCACCACAUUUAAUAAAAAAACAUGGCAUAUCUGUAUACAGAUCCAGUAGUUGCCCUUAGUAACACACACAGUGGGAUCAGAUUACACCAAAUAUUGUUGUUUUGUGCAAUAUAACCUUUUUAACGUCCUUGGUGGGUUUUUUUUUAAUUCUUUCUGCUGUAAUAGUUUGUGAUAUUAUUGUCACAUAUUUAUAGUAGUUUUUUUUAUUUUUUACUAAAGCUUCUCAACGAAAAUAAAAGACUGAGAGCUGCAAUGUCAAAUGAUCAGCAGUCAGCAAAUCAGCAAUUUGAGACACAUUUACAAACCCUCAAAUCCAAGAUACAGAAUCAGAAAACACUCAUAAAGUCACAAGAGAAAAUGGUAUGUAAUAAAUACACUUUGCGAAAUACUCGUUUUAUACACAGCACUUAUUGUGGAGACUAUAAGGGUUAGUUUAUUAAACAAAGCUUAUGAGAAUAUUGCAGAUUUGAAAAGCAAUACAACUCAGCAAUUCUGUACUAACGUUUCCAAUUUAUUUGACAUGUUAACUCAUAUUGUGUGUUUGUGAAUAUUCGUCUAUAUCUCUUAGUCACAUAAAUAUACUUUAAAGGACCACUAUAGGCACCGAGACCACUUCAGCUUAAUGAAGUGGUCUGGGUGCCAGGUCCAGCUAGGUUUAACCCUUUUUUCUAUAAACUUAGCAGUUGCAGAGAAACUGCUAUGUUUACACUGAGGGUUAAUCCAGCCUCUAGUGGCUGUCUCAUUGACAGCCGCUAGAGGCGCUUGCGUGCUUCUCACUGUGAUUUUCACAGUGAGAAGACACCAGCGUCCAUAGGAAAGCAUUGAGAAUUCAGCCGAGGAGGAGGAGCAGAGGCGGAGAGGAGGAGGAGAGUCCCCCGUCCGGCGCUGGAGAAAGAGGUAAGUUAACCCCUUCCUCACCCUAGAGCCCGGCGGGAGGGGGACCCUGAGGGUGGGGGCACCCUCAGGGCACUAUAGUGCCAGGAAAACAAGUGUUUUACUGGCACUAUAGUGGUCUUUAAUCAGAUUGACCGUGCAUUUCAGUUUUCUGUUUUGUAUAGGGGAAACUACAGGCACCCAGACCACUUUAUCUUAUUACAGUGGUCCAGAUGCACUGUCUAUGUUACCUUAACUCUGCAGCGGAAAACAUUGCAGUUUUAGAGAAACAUGUUUUUAUUGUAGAGUUAAGACUGCAUCUAGUUGCUGUCUGCCACAUAAGGAUAUCCAGAGUCUUUUAAGACCCCAUAGGAACGCAUUAUUUCAAUGCUUUCCUAUGGGUAAGGCGUAAUCUGCACACUAGGUUCCCCCUCGCGAUGAUGUCUGAAGAGGCUUAGACAGAGCAAGCGCCGAGGGACUUCGGUGCUGGAAUUGGGUGUUUAACCCUUUUAUUGCCAAUGGGGUGUGGUGGAGAUGGGCACUAUAGUGUUAGGAAUGCAGCUUUGUAUUCCUAACACGUUAGUCUGCAGUUAAGGAAUAGCACACACAAAAAAACAAAACAAAACAAAGAAAUACAGUUUUGCAUUUUAAAAGCACCUAUAUAUUUAUUCCAUAUUGCUUUACUAGCUUUCUUCACAAAAAUUAGUGCAGUUUAUUCUGUGUUUGACCUUUGAGGGACAUUUCUCUGUACCUUGAUUGAUUUUUGAUAUUUUGCAAAUGUCCUUGAUAUAUCUAUGCACUUUAAAAAGAGAUUUUUUUUUUUUGAUUUUUUUUUAAAAGCACCCAUCUUAGCAAACAAAAAUGGGGAUUCAGUUAUCCAUGUGGUCAUAUGGUAUUAAGCCCACCACUACGCCACAGUACCCCAAUAUCGGUUAACAUGGGCAAUAAACAUGCCGACUGCAAUACUUACUGCUAAAACUGAUUUCAGAGAUUCUCCUCAAAUUUAUGCUUUCAUGUGUUCAUCUCCAAAGGAGCACCUAUAGUGGAGAGACGGGGUGCUCAAUCUGAAAGGAAUCUGGAGAGUUAGGGACAGCUCACACACACACAAAAAUACAGCUUUACAUAUUAUAAGACCAAAAUUACUGACUUCAUCAGAAGUUGCAUUUUUCAAACAUAUAAAUGUCACUCCAGUUGACAUAUUAUUUUUAACAUUUUAAGCUCUCUUAUUGGAAUCAUUUCUAAGCACAGCAAGCGUUUCUCUCAGUUGCAGAACUAUUGUCAGCUUUCUACUGUAGAAAACCAAACUACAACUCACAGCAAUUUUAGUCAUGGUAUCCUUUACAGCAGUAUUUCAAAUCAAAGGAAAUAUCGCACGUUGAAUUGGAGGGGACGAAAGUGUGAGGCUUUGGAGGCACCUUUUGUUUUUCAUAUUAAAAUGAUGUCUCUAGACCCAUGAGUGACAUUAUUUUCCAAUAAUGCAUGUUUCAUUCAUGUUUGCUGUUUUUUAAUCUUACAGAUAAAGGAUCUAAGUACAAGCAGAGAAGGUAAGAGAGCAUUUACACUUAUGGAAUAAUGCAUGUAAGCAUGAAAUUAAAUAUUAAGUGAAUUUGCUAGUUGCCAGAAAAACUGAAAGAUCAAAUCAGAAACACACUGAUUGAAAAUUACUAGUAUUGAUUUCGGGCUGACUUCCAAACUAACACCUUCUAACAUCUUCCAACAUAUGUUAUUUUUCCUGUUUUUGGCCAACAUUCUUCCAGUAUAACAAAUGAAAAAAAACUAAUAAAACAAACAUGUCUAUAGUCCACGAAAGAGUGUACAAUGACAUCACCAGGCAAACCAUACGAAAAUAAGACUUGCCUGAGGAUACAGUGUGAUUAGUUGGCUUUACAAGAAUAGGAAUGUCUUUUUUAUUUGAAUAGACCUUUAUUCUCGAGCCCUCAAGUCAAUAAACUGAAAGUUAUGGAUUUUCUUUCUUUUACUACUUGUAAUUUGCUUGCUUUUUUAUUUCAGCACAGUUGUGUCAAGUUUAAAACUUGGAGGGUUUUUUGUGUGUGUGUGUGUAUUUUAGAACAGUUCUGUCAAGUUACAAAGGCAUUUUUUUGACUAAGAUCUUCGAGUAAGACUUGUAGGGUUAUUCACUAAAGUCCAAAUGGCCCUGUGUCAAACAUUCAGACUGAAAAACUCGGACAUUGCUAGCACUAUUUUGCAAAGUACAGAUUUUGCAAUUCCGGUCCCGAAUUAUUUAUUUAUAAUGGUUUUACAAGUCGACUAUAGUCACAGCUUGGCCAUUUUAGCUUCUGUUUGGAAGUUAUCUUUCAGUGUUUAUUAAAUACAUUUGAGGUGUGUUUCUGAAUUUAUUUAAUGCACGUUUACAGAAUUUUUUAACUAAAAUGGAAAAAUAAAACCUUAAGGGGACACUAUAGUCACCAAAAUAACUUUAGCUCGGUGAAGCAGUUUUAUAGUGGAAGCAAAAUUCCACCACUGUUUUGCCAUAUAUUCAUAUGACAUUAUGGAUGAAAGUAAACAAAUAAAUAGAACAUAAGAUAAAAUAUAAAAAAAAAAAACAGAUUUAUGAAAUUGUGCCAAACAAGAUCUGAAAAUUAGACUGAAAAACUAGACUUAUAAUAGAUCUCACCCAGAAUUUUGUCUUAUUGCCCUCUAUCUAUAUUUUCAAUAUCUAGUAUUUUUGGGUAAACGUUUCAAAUGAUUUUUUUCAAAAUGUUAAAAUAUAAAAAAAAUCAUAGCAAAACAUAUCAGUAUAAUAAUAACAAAUAUCAAAAUAUUAGAAAAAUAAAACAUUUUUCAUACUAUUAAAUCAUUUUAAAAGUUUAUCCAAAAUAUUAAACCAUUAGAAAAGCUUAUCCAACCACUAAUUGGAGGUUUUUUUGUUAUCUGAAAUCUGAAAAAUGCAGAGCUUAUAACAAUGAUUAACAGAGCAAAGAUAAGGAAGCACUCAGUUUCAAUACAGCUGUAAACGGGGAUGUAGAUUUCUGUAAUUUUUUUUUUUUAAACAAAUAUUUGUUAAAUAUAGAGCAUAAAUAAACAGAAAUUAAAAAAUAUUGGAAAGGGACAAUUCUCUUUAAAAGUUUACAUACCUAUGUAAGCUUAUCUCUGUAUUUCAAUAUAAAAAAAUAUAUUUAUAUUACUUCAUUCCCUUUUAAUACAGCCUAAUUAAUAGAAAAAAUUAGUGUAGAGGUUUGCACUUUGUAGACACUAUAAUGCAUGUACUCUGUAUGUUACACAAAAUGAAUUUAACCUCACAUUAUUAUAUUAGUGGUGGAAAAAUCCUGCUUAGAGGUUUCUGUUUUAGGAUGAUAUAUUGUAUAAUACAUUUGUCAUUAAGUUGUUGUAAAUUGGGCUGUUUUGUGUGUAUAUAAUCUGCUCUAUUUUGUGCUUUUAAUGCAGUGCCGCAAGUGGUUUUGCCAGUAGGUGGCGUGAAAGAGGAAUCGAGUGAAGAUGGUAUGUAUGAGUUAUACAGGUUCUUACUGCAAAUAGUGAUAACAUGUUAAUAUAUUAGGCAAUAAAUAUCAUUCUACAUUCCAAAAAACAUUAUUAUUAUUUAACAAAUAUUUUAUUUAACAAAACUAAGCAUUUGUUUUAAAGAAGUAGCUUCCACAUAACUAAAUAUUAGGUUUUUAAAGUUUUCAAAAAUUAGCCUUCAAAAUUAUUAUAUCCACUAAUAUUGAGCAAAAAAGGCUGUGAAAAAAUUGUCUUUAUUGUGAUCAUGUGUUCAAAAAAUAAAGAUAAUCUGCUCUCAUGGAUAUGAAACAAUGCCAAACACAACAAAAAAAAUAUGUGUUAAAUAUAUGUGUACCACAAUUACUGGCACCCUUAUGAAUUCAUAGGAGAAAACUUUAUUUUAAGUAUUUUCCCAUUGAUAUUUUACAUUUUUAGUACACCUGGGUGAUUAGGAACAGGAAAUAGUUUAACCAUGACUUCCUAUUUUGCAGGGGUAUAAGUAUGAGGUAACACAUAGACCAAAUUGACUUAGUCAUUCAUCACAAUGGGUAAGACCAAGGAAUAUGACUGUGGUGUGCAGCACAAAAUGGGCUUUACAAACUGGGAAAUGGCUAUAAGAAAAUAGCAAAAGCAUCAAUAUUGAUACCUCUGUGAAACAGUUUUCAGUACUACUAUGUAAAUACUACUUAAGGUACAAUAGGAUGUAAUGUUAUUGACACACAAAGACAUCCAUCUAAGCAACAACCAUAUGAUAUUCUAAUCUAAAUAUUUGAAUACAAUAACAGACAUAGAUGAAUAUCCAGACCAUAACCUGAGAAUCAUUGAGGCAUUAAGAAGUGAUCCAAACUCUGCCCGACAGUUCCGCAAUAUCUUGGAAGAAACAUUAGUAGAGAAGCUUGAAAGUAUUGGUGUCAAAAAGGUGAGUAAAUUGUAACAGAUCAUAUUCCUCACCUUUUGUUUUUAAUUGGUAUAUGAAAAUAUUUGGAUAUUAACAUAAUAUACCCUUUGAAGUUACACAUUGCACUUGUGAAUAAGAGAUCAACAUCAGAUGAUACAGUGCUUUAAAACAAACCACAAAAUAAAGUGGGAGUUGUGUUAUCAUUUAAAGGACAUACCUGCAUUAUGUAAACUAAUAAUGAAGUACAUGACCCAAAUUAUCAUUUUGUUUUAAUUUUUUUUAUUUCUUUCUAAUUUUUUACAAAGGGUGCAAAGGGAGUUCCGCUAGCUACCUAUAAGAGUCUCAAAGCCCUUCUGGCAACACAACUUCAGCAAAAAAUCAAUAAAUACCCUGAAAUUGAAACAAUCAAAGUCAAGUUAAAUAAAGUUCUUACCAGGCGGGUUAAACAAUGGAGGAAGAAUGAAGAUACUCAAUUCAGCCCUACCAACCUCUCACGUAAGAAGAUAAUAUUUUAAAUGUCUGACAAAAAAUGCACUAUAAAAUAUGUAUGGAUUAUAAUUUACUCCACAAUAAAAUAAAUGUAUCAUGAAUGGUUUGCAUAUGUCCUAGAUAUAUCAUGAUAAUAGUCACUCAUGUAAAAACAAAUCUUAAAUCCGGUUUGUAGCUCGGAAUCCAAAGAGUCCACGCAGCAUACGUCCUCCUGAUCAGGUGAUGCAAUCCAGGAAUAUGGUCACAGUUGAAUCUCAUAAGCCUAUCACCAAGGCACCAGUGCCUUCUCCAAGAAGGAGAAUGAUGGGACACCAGAAUGACUCUGGAAUUACCAGUGUUGUUCCAUCCAUACCACCAAGGUGAGCUAAACUGUCUGUAUAGUUGAUUUUCUUUUGUCCUUGUAUUCAACAAUUUUAAUUGGUCAGGUAUAAAAUGCAGAAAACGUUGUUAGCAAAAUAAAACUUAGCUUUUAUUAAAACAUAUUUGUAAACUGUACAUACAAUUUAUAAUCAAUCCGAAGUAAUCACACAAUACUAUUACUCUUUAUAUUAACAAAUUAAAUUGCACUUUUCCUGCAUGUUAUAAAGCAAUCAAAAAUGAAAAGCAAAAUCUAAACUCUUCUAAUGUGAGUCAAAGGAAUAACACAUCCAUUGAAAAUCAUAGAAUAGAGUAAGGGGCCAGUUAUCUAAAAAUAAUAAAGGAAAAACCUCUGUUUGAUAAACAUAGCUGUAGUCAACCUGAGUCACUUUACAAUAUCCCAAAAUGCAGGCGCACAGCAGUUCAGAGUGACAAGUUGAUGUUCAGAAGUCACUAUAUUAGCACAUGAUGUUAGUACUCAUAGAAUAUGGUCCAGGCCACCACCGAUUCUGGUUUAAACCUUUUCACCUCUACCACAGACCAUGUAGUCCAUAAUUGUUUCACAGGUGCUGGUGUGUUUUGCAGUUUGUCUAACUACUGUAAAGUGCAACAAUGUACCAUUUUCAAUUUGAUUGAACACUUGAAUAACCUUUUCCUGCCUUCCAUCAGGACUCCUCCAUUCACGUCAGAAGAUGACUCCUCUAAGGCAGACCCCACGUCUUUUAACACCCCAAAACGCAAAGCAACCCAAAACCUUCAGACAAUUCCCAGAAAACAGAAGCAGAUGGAAACAUUUAGUGAUGACGACUCAUUGUUUGACUCAGACACCUCUCCUGAGAAACCAAGUCCUAGAUCUGUGACCUUUUCAACGGCAAAGACAAACCAAGGUUAGAAUCCUACACCUGAAAAGCACAAGGCUGUGCCAAACUAGGAGAAUGGCUUCUGUACAGGUUACUAAACACUUUGCUGAUAGUUUUGGUAUCACUGUAUAAAGUACUCUACCCCUCCCCCCCCCCCGCGAUCAAUACAUACCUGCCAUCGCGAUCCUGGUCUGAGGGACUGCCUGACUCCUGUGCAGAGCAAUCACAUGACCAUGCUGUGCCUGCACUGGAGCUGUCAGGCAGUCUGACAGCCCCACUGUAAAAUAAAAAAUAUUUUUGUUCUAUAAUAUUUUUGUUCUAUAUUGAAUUAUUUUACAGGGGGGCUGUAUGUGUGUAUGUAUAUAUAGAUAUAGGGAGAUAGAGAGAUGCCCUGUUCAGGCUCCGAUCCUGACUGGCUAACACAAGGCAGAACAAUACUGAUCAUGAAAGACCCUCACAAGGGAACAACACCAUUUAAAUAACCCACCUCCCCACAACAUGAAAAACUCCUGUCAGGCAUUGUAGCCUCCAAGAUCCAAGGGUAUAUGAGUCAAUCUAUGAGCAAAACUCAGAAGGGGAUUGGAAACAACACCAGAGGAUCAAAACACCAACUACUAUUAGACCAAUCAGUCACAAGGGAUUCUAGGACCUGACAGAGCAAUCUGUGCACGGCCUGGAUUGACUACAAGAAAGAUGACACAAUGCCACACACAUGUAUACUGGAAUGCUUGGCUCACUACAAGGUCAGCAAGACAAUAAGAGCCUUCAUCAAGAGCUCGAUGGGCAAGUGGAAAACAACCCUAGAAGCCAAUUUCAGUACAAUAACUCAAGUGAACAUCAAAUGUGGCAUAUAGCAAGGUGAUGCGCUAUCCCCAAUGCUGUUCUGCAUAGGCCUCAACCCUUUUAGUCAGAUCAUCAAGACGAGUGGAUACAGGUUCAAAAGUGGAGCUACCUACAGCCACCUACUCUACAUGGACGACAUCAAUCUGUAUGCCAAGAAUGAGCGGGACAUUGACUCAUUGAUCCACCUAACCAGGAUAUACAGCAAGGACAUCGGAAUGUCGUUCGGACUAGAGAAGUGCGGACAGAUGAUAGCAAAAAGAGGGAAGAUGAUUAGAACAGAAGGCGUUGAAGUUUCAGAAGGCCAAAUAGAAGAUGUAGAGAACAGCUACAAGUACCUGGGGGUACCACAAACACAUGGCAACUAUGAGGAAGACGCAAGGAGGAUAGCAACAUCCAAGUACCUCCAAAGAGUCAGACAGGUCUCGAAGUCCCAGCUCAAUGGCAAGCCAUCAACACAUAUGUCAUCAGAUACCCAGCUGGAAAAAUAACCUGGCCAACAACUGGUCAUCAUGGAUGUCAAGACCAGGAAACUACUCACUAUGAAUAGAGGAUUCCACCAUAAAACCAGCACCCAGAGACUGUACACCUACUGGAAGGAUGGAGGUCUGGGCCUGAUGAGUGUCAAGGCCACAGUCCUGUAUGAAACACAAAGCAUCCACAAGUACAUCAUGAAGAUGGCUCCCAAAGAUGAACUGCUAAGGCAAUGCCAGAGACUUCAACAGAUGGAGGAUGCAGAAAAAGGUUCCUUGGCAAGACAAACCUCUCCAUGGGGAGUACCACCGGCAGAUAGUGGAUGUGGCUCACAUUACAAAAUACUACCAGUGGUUGGAAAAGGCAGAGCUGAAAGACAGCACUCAGGCACUAAUCCUAGCAGCACAGGAACAGGCCCUCAACACCAGGUCAAUAGAAGGUGGAGUCUACCACACCAGGUAAGACACAAGGUGCCGACUGUGCAAAGAGGCCUCUGAGACAGUCCAGCACCUAGUAGCAGGAUGCAAGAUGUUAGCAGAAACAGCAUACAUGGAGAGACACAACCAAUUAUCUGGGAUUGUGUACCGAAACAUCUGCACAGAAUAUGGAUUGAAUCUGCCUAGAUGGGAGAUACCACAAAGGGUAGUUGAGAAUGACAGGGCUAAGAUCCUGUGGGACUUCAAGAUCCAGACAGACAAGCAAGUGCUGGCCAACGAACCCGACAUCGUGGUGGUACACAAGGAAUGGUCACAAUAUUUUGGCCAGUGUUUCUACUAAAGUUUCUACUAACAAAACUGGACAUACCACAUUUUUCAAUACCUUGGGUUGUCUCCUAUUGCAAGCAGCAUUCCAUCAGGGGGGUAAUUUUCAUUCCUGGGCUACCAUAUGGUCUUUAAAGGCAACGUAACCAAUCUGGCCGAAUUUCAAUGUGAAAAAUAUGAAACGCAAGCCUUCACUGAACACAAAUAUUUGUGUUUCAAAACAGUAAAACGUAUCACAGCAAUAAUAUCAUCAGUGUAAGUGUGGUUUGUGUGUGAAAAAUGCAAAAAACAUCACUUUCACUGAUGAUAUCAUUGUUUUAAUACAUUUUACUGUUUUGAAACACUAAUAUUUGUGUUCAGCGAAGUCUCCCGAGUAAAACAGUACCUCUCAUGUACAGGUUUUAUGGUGUCUUGGAAAGUUAUAGGGUUAAAUAUAGUGCUAGCAAAUUAAAUUCCCUAUACUUUCAGCCUGGGUUGUCAGGCAGGUCCCGCAAAUUGCAAUUAAUAAAAUGACCUAAUUAUAUAAAAAUAUUACAUAGAUAUAUACGUAGAAUUAAUAAAUAUAUUAUAUUUAUUUAUAUAUAUAUAUAUAUAUAUAUAUAUAUAUAUAUUUAUAUUUUUUUAAAUUAUUUUUAUUUAUAUAUAGGGAUAUAUUGGAAGGCAUAGCCUGAAGUUGUGGGAGGGGUUACCUGGCUAUUUAAAAUCAGGCCCCCUACACCAUAGGGCUGAUGCUGCCUGGUUCAUUUCUACUUCCGGUUCAAAGGUUAUCAACACAGACUGCCUAAAACUCCAAACAAGCUGGUCUGGGCCUACUGUGGCUCCCACGCCGAUCGGACAGUUUUUCCCUGCUCCAACAACUCCCAUCCUGCUGUUCCAGCCACAUGCGGUCAAAGACUCCCAAGCCGAUCGGACCAAGUUCUCCCUGCUCCAACAACUACCAUCAUGCUGUUCCAGCCACAUGCGGUCAGAGACUCCCAUGCCGAUCAGACAAAGUUCUCCCUGCUCCAACAACUCCCAUCACGCUGUUCCAGCCACACGCAGUCAGACACUACUCACCUCCUCUCCAGAACUGGCCGCUGGCGCUAUUAGACCCCUUACCAUCUUCCCGGGCCUUUUCCUGGACCAAACCUCCGUGUCCACCAAGUCUGGGUACUUUCCAGCCGCAUAGCUGACCUCUCACCUCACCGCAAGCUUCCGGGUCAAGUUAUUUGUUUCCUCUACCAGUCAAAUCCACGAACCGUGAGUCUACCUGUAUGGGCCAAAUCCAUGAACACACAAUUGUGCACACGUUUACGUUCUUACAUACGUCCAUUCUGGACUUUUUUCCGUUAAGGACUUAAGUCAGUUCACCUACUCCUGCCUGCUCUUCGUUCCAUUCCUAUUCGCUAGUUUAUUUUCGUCAAAUUUCUACCGAACUAGUCUCCAGUCUCUCAGUUACAUGCUUCCAUCUAGCGGCCACCACAAUCAUAGUACCAAGUUGUUAGUUUUACACUGUUUCCUGAUACAUGAAUGUCCAGGUUCUUUUAUGAAAGUAUUUAGCCUGCUACUAGUUAUCCUUACAUGCCCCCUGUAGUUCGGUUAUGUUUGCUAUGUUUCUUGUUAAUAUUUAGGAUUGUGCACGGAUAUUGUCAGUUUCUCAUUACUAAUUCAGCUCUUGUGUGUGUGUAUAUAUAUAUAUAUAUAUAUAUAUAUAUAUAUAUAUAUAUAUAUAUAUACUUAGAUCAUAUAGAUAAUUAUUAUCUGUAUGAUCUAAGUAUAUAUUUUAUUUUAAACUGUGUUUUAACUUUUUUUACCAAUUACAGGCAGCAGAGGGAGUACCUGUCGUUACAGGCACUCACCCUCCUGGCAUUGCUAUGGACGGCUAUGCCGUCCAUGUGAUCAUGAGGUCCUCGCAAGGACGGCGGGGGCGUUCUAUGCCGCCCGUCUGCGUUUAGCACCGGGUCCCCAAGGACCGCUGUCCUUAAGGGGUUUAAACCUGGAAAGGAAAAAGCGUUAUAUUUGACCAUGUAAUUUUUAAAAUUCCCAUAAAACCUGUAUACAUGGAGGGUACUCCUGUACUCAUGAGACAUUGUUGAACCUAAAUAUGUGUAUUUUAUUGCAGUAAAAGAUAACUGUAUUAUGACAUUCACAGUUAAAAUGCCACGCAGAACUUGGGAAAUAACAUUUCUUCAUUUCAUAACGCUUCUUCAGUUUUUAUUCCUAUAAAUCUCUUACAUAUCUAAAUAUUUCAUAUAUGAAAUGAAAGUUCUGUUUCUACUGAACAUAAUUAUACAUAAGUGUGGGUGCACUUAAUAUGAAAGAGGUGAAUUACGGUUGAACAGACAUAUAGUCAAAUUAAAUUUUUUGUUUACAUUUUGUUUUGAUGAGAACAUGUACAAUUGCCUCCAUCCUGCAAGGAUUAUUGUAGAUUCUGGCUUUCACACUACUAAAACUUUAUGUAAACGCACAUCUUAAUGUCUCAUACAUUCCUUUUUUAAAUACUAUCGCUUUACUUGUAUUUGCGCAAUACAUAUAUGUGCAGCUGUAUAUGUGUGCUUUUCUCUGCUGGUUUAAAUUAGAUUUUUGACUCUCCUCUGUUUAUUUAAUUGUUCUAGCUAUUCUCAACCAAUCUGCACGUUUCACUCUCAGACACAUUUUCCGCUAUUUAUGACAUCUGACACCUCUCACCCCCUCUCCUUCUCACAUCAGUCGUUUUCAGUGUUAGUCUCUAUCAUAUUGGCCAAUAUUGCUUCAGACUUGAACAAGAGCGAAAAAUUCUCAAAAGCUUGUAUUUUAAGUAUUAUGUUAGUCCAAUAAAAGAGGUAUUGUAAAAAUUGUUUAAGUCAACUUUGCUUUCAGUCUGGCUACUCUGGCUUUAAAUUUGAAAUACACUUAAAUUCUUACUUUAGUUAAUAACCCCAUUAAUAAUAUACAGCUAUCAUCUAAAGCAACUUGUUUGAGCCAUUAUUUAUUUCUUAAUCAAACAUAUUUUGGGAUAAAUGGCAAUUUAUGUACAUGGUUUCAUUACUUUCUGCAUUCGUGGUAACAGCCGCACAUACCACGAUUGCGUCCACAGUAAUGUAAAACAUAUUACAGUAUAUGUUAAUGAAUAGGCCUGGUGAAAAUUUUUCAUUCAUUAUUAGACAGUUUUAUCAGUGUCGACUGGUGAAUUUUAAAGAUGGUAGGGCACUGUUCUCCCUGACUUGCUGGGUUCCUCCAACGUAAGCCCCUGAUAUGCCGUGCCCUGUUCAAAACUAGCUGCAUCUCCACUUAUCUAUAAAGGAGAUAAUGUUAACUGUAGAUAAAAUUAUGACAGGCAGAUGUUUGUUUUUUUCUACACAUGUAUUCCAAUAAAAUUGAUUUACUUUUGAUGCAACAAAAAUUACCAUCCAAGCUCCCCAUGUGGACCAGCCUUCAUUCAAUUUGAAAUAAACCAUAAUUAAUUUUUAUUUCUUUAGGGUCUCUUGUGCAUUCCAUGGCACAGAGUAUAGAGAAACAACUUUCCAAACCAAGGCAGAAGCCAGUCGGAGGAGUGGAAACUAUCAACUCUCAGUCCAUGAAAUCCCAAAACAGUCCAAGAAAAGAUGAGAAAAUGCAUGUGAGUGAGACAGUGUUCUGUCUUUCCGGCAUUCAUUAAACCCAAGUCUAUAAAACAAUGUAAUAAUACUGUGAUAUUUUUUUCACAGCUGUCAGAUAUAAGUGACUCUGAAAUCUCCUCCUUUGAUGACAUCACUGAAAACCAGGUCAUUGGUGAGCAAAAGCCCCGACCUGCUCUUCGACAGAGUGCAGACUCCACAGGGUCACAGGGCACCAGUGUAUGGAGUUCGUCAAGUAUCAGAGCUGAGCGUUGGUGAUAAGAGAAAUAUGGAGAGAACACACAACAAAAAUGAAGUUUUCAGUUUUAUGUCUUUACAUUUUGAGCGAUAAGGAUGAUUCCCUCUCUUGUUGUUUCAUUUUUUGGCUAAAUUGAUUGCACUUUGCAAAUACUACUACAACGAGGAAUAAUGCUACAUGAUGAUUUACUAUUAAUUACUCUAGAGCAGGGGUGCCCAAAAGGCAGAUCCCUAGAUGUUUUAAAACACAGCUUCCAUGAUUCUUUGUCUUUCUAAAAGCAUGCAAACCAUUAUGGGAAUUGUAGUUCUACAUCAUUUGGGGAUCUACCUUUUGGGCACCCCUGCUCUAGAGCUUUGUGUUUCUUUAUAACCAUUUCAUAUAUUUAUAUUAAUUCUUCAUUUUUUUUCUAUUUUAAACUUGUUUAGUGAUGAUUUUUUGUAACCACAUCUCAUUGUUUCAAAACAAGUUUAUUCAUUCAGUAAAGCACUAUAUGUGUAUAUAUUAUAUAUGCUAAAUUCAGCAGAGAUAUCUAUCCUCUAGUUUAAUCACAAUAUGGGCAUUGCGUACAAUGGCUGAAUCAGAUGAUCUUUGGGGUUCUCUCCUGCAGCCCCUGAACACUGGUAGGGACACAGAGUUAAAGCAGCGGGAAAUCUAUUUUAGUAAUCAGUCUAUUUUUAUACUUUUUAUACCAGAUGUGAACUGGGUAGGGAACAUUAGAUCAUGACAUCAUCUGCUACUAGGUUCCAAAAUGUAUCAAGUUUGUAUUUUUAUCGUGGACAUGGGAAGAAGUAUCAGACUUUUAAAUGUUAAACCUUUGAAAAAAGAGAAGAUUUUUUAUAUUUUUAUGUGUAACUACCAAACAUGUUAGUUUUCCAGUCAUAUUGUUAUUUUUUUACCCUUGGUCAAAUUCUAAGCCUCUUCUUAUCGAUUAUUGUAAAUGCAAUCACAGGACAUGACAUGCUGUAAUGACGCACUUGUGUUCAAAUAUUCAACUUCUUCAGAAUGAUUAAUAUGAUGCUCUAAUGAAGCUCACAUAUGAAGCCUGUUUUCUUUUUUUUUUUUAUAUAUAUCAAUUCUUUUUUAUUAAGCACAAGGUAUUUAUAAGACUUUUAUGACAAUACAUUGGCACAAUGUUCUGUACCAAGUCUUUCAUGAAAUCAUAACCAUUGAGUCCACGAAAAUAUUGAAUGAUUGAAGAUGAGAUAUCAAAAGUAAACAAUGUGCAACUUGAUUUAUAAAGAUCAGUGUGCAUUAUUAUUAUUAUUUUAUUAUUUAUAUAGCGCCAGCAAAUUCCGUAGUGCUGUACAAUGGGUGGACUAACAGACACGUAAUUGUAACCAGACAAAUGGACGCACAGGAACAGAGGGGCUGAUGGCCCUGCUCAAUGAGCUUACAUGCUAGAGGGAGUGGGGUAUAGUGACACAAAAGGUAUAAGUAAGGGUAAUGAAAUAGGUUGCUAGAAAAGUAUUCACUGAGAACUUUGGUUAUUUUUGACAGUUUCAGGAGGGGAUAGCAAAAGCAUACAUUAUAUGUUACCAUACCAUGAAAAUGUUAUAAAAAGUCAGCAGGAUAGGUGAAAUCUCUGCAAAAAAAAUCACAUUUCCUAGCUUUAAAUUUGAUGACGCACGCACAUACACACAAGAAUAUAAAUUGAUGUUAAUUUAUUUUAUUGAUGUAAUUUCAGAUAAAAAGCCUCUUAAAUAAUGAGAGACACGUACUGAUAAAUCACAAAAGUAGUCAUUAAAAUUGCUAUGUGUUAUCAAUUAACACUGCUUGUCAUUUACUAAUCCAGUACUGAGUUGUUUAUACAUUUUAUAAUUUGUACAACUGCAGUGAUAUUUGUCAUGUGCUUUUUCCUUCACUAUAUUUCAGGGAAUUCUGUCCACUGCUUAGAUUGUUGUCGGUUAAAGUGCAAAUUAACUUAAACAAGAAAAGUAAUAUGCAACUGUCAUUAACAUGCCCUCUUAUUUUUGUCCCAAUAUGUGUAUACAAUAUACUGUUGGUACUGUAAUGUAUACUGGCAUUAACGGUAAAACGUUGCUCAUUUCUAUAAGGUUUGUUAAUACAUUGCACAUGUUUUUUGUAAGCUUUUUAGUGAAAAUAAAAAUCAAUUUGUAGUGUAGUUAUAUUUGAAAUUUAAAAUCAACAAAUACAAAUUAAUGAUUAAUUAUUUUUAAGUGCUUGUUAUGUCAAAGAGUUUUCAUUUCUGAUUAACUUUGUCAACUGUUUCCCUUUAAUAGUAACACCUAU